UAGUCACAAGAAUCCUUAUCCAACUCCACAUGCUUUCAACUCCACACGUCACCCCCACCCCUUUUCUCCCCAAGUUGUAAUCUUUGAUCUCUCACUUUCUCUAUAUGGCCCUAAAAAUGCACCAGAAAACCAUUCUUGCAUCAGAACUCCAAGGUUGCAUUGAUCGGCAGUCAGGCGAGUGAAAUAUGGCUUUUCCAAUAUACUCAGGAGUACUUUCUAAUGGCGAAAGCAUUCUCUUGCAUAAUAAAUCACGACUUGCUAGUCGUCAAAGAUAUAACUGGAUUGGGGCUGAUGUUAAUGGCAGACUAAUGGUGAGAAUGGGCGCCAAUAAAUGGAAAUGCCGAUACUUGAAGUUGGUAAAAAAUAAGCAGUUGGGUAAAAGCUUGGGGUCAAGAUGUCCAAAUCUCUUCCCCAUAGCAAUGGAUACGACUCCUGCUAGCCGUUGUAUUAACACAAUUAUAGCUGAGGCCAAAAAGAGAUUAGAUUUUCGAGAAGUGGUGAAUCUUGUUUUUUGGAAGAAAUGGAGCUAUGUCAAUACUGCAGCAAUAUUAGUGACAUUAACAUUGAUGAUCGUUCCAACAGCUGAUGCUGUGGAUGCUUUAAAAACCUGUGCAUGCUUAUUGAAGGAGUGCAGGUUGGAGCUUGCCAAGUGCAUUGCGAACCCAUCGUGUGCUGCUAACAUUGCAUGUCUCCAGACCUGCAAUAACAGACCUGAUGAGACCGAAUGCCAGAUAAAGUGCGGAGAUUUGUUCGAAAAUAGUGUUGUAGAUGAAUUCAAUGACUGUGCAGUCUCACGAAAGAAAUGUGUGCCUCGUAAAUCUGAUCUAGGUGAAUUCCCAGCACCGGAUCCCACUGUUCUGGUGCAGAAUUUCGACAUAAAUAACUUCAAUGGGAAAUGGUAUAUAACCAGAGGUUUGAAUCCUACAUUUGACACCUUUGAUUGCCAACUGCAUGAGUUCCAUACAGAAUCCAACAAACUUGUAGGGAACAUAUCUUGGCGAAUUAAGACUCCAGAUACUGGUUUUUUCACUCGGUCAACGGUACAGAGAUUCGUGCAAGAUCCAAAAUAUCCAGGGAUAUUGUACAAUCAUGACAAUGAAUUUCUUCACUACCAAGAUGACUGGUAUAUUCUUUCAUCCAAGGUGGAAAACCAACCAGACGACUAUAUAUUCGUAUACUAUCGAGGCCGAAACGACGCCUGGGAUGGAUAUGGUGGCGCUGUUGUAUACACAAGAAGUGCAGUUUUGCCUGAAAGCAUCGUGCCCCAACUAGAAAAGGCUGCUAAAAACGUCGGCCGUGAUUUCAACAAGUUCAUCAGGACGGACAACACUUGUGGGCCUGAACCCCCCCUGGUCGAGAGACUGGAGAAGACAGUGGAGGAGGGCGAGGAGAUAAUCGUGAAGGAGGUCGAAGAGAUAGAACAGGAAGUGGAGAAAGUGAAGAACACUGAAAUCACAUUGUUUCAGAGAUUAGCUGAAGGCUUUCAAGAGCUGAUCAAAGAUAAAGAUUACUUCCUCAAGGAGCUAAGUAAAGAAGAGAUGGAUAUUUUGAGUCAGCUGAAAAUGGAGGCAAAUGAGGUAGAAAGAGUUUUUGGGAAAGCAAUACCUUUGAGAAAAUUGAGGUGAUUUGGAGUAAAGCAACAGGGAUUUUCAUUACCUGCUUGUUUAAGUCAAAUGUACAGUACAUACAUUAACCUAUUUUUUCAGAUUGGAGAUACUAAGGAUUAGUUCCAGCUAUGUCUGGCUUGGUUCUUGCCAUCUUGCA